AUGACAAAGAGGCUUUCCCCUCGGGUAGUGGCUCCCGAGGCCUUCUUUGGGGAGCUAGCAGUUUUGUACCUUCUUGGUGACACGCUAGUCGAAGCUACUUUUGGGGUCCCGUUAGUGAGUUUCAAUCGCAUUUCCGCGUCUUGGAACGCACCCUCGAGCUGGGAGACCUUGUCCUCCAGCUCCUCAACGAGGCGGUCCUUCUCGCUGAGCUUCUGGCGGAGGCUCCUGGUCUCCGUCUCGAGCUUCGACACGCGCGACGCGAUGGCCAUUGACGUUAGCUUGCGGGCCAGAUCCAGUUGUUCGUACGGGUCCGUGGGUAUGACCGCCAGAACAUCGUCGGGUAGGUCGAAGUCCGGCCCCACCGAAUUUCCGUCGCCGCCGCCGUGCGCCAUCUGCCGCCGGGUGCGGAGCUUGAUUUAG